AUGCUAGAUAUUAUGGGGUCUGUAUUUGACCAUGUGGAAUUCGUUGAUGUACUUGAUAGCAAAGACGAAACGAACUUAGCAUUACUUUCGAGACCAGACUUGGGGGUAACCUUCACAAAGCUUCAUUGUUGGAGAUUAACUCAGUAUACGAAAGCUGUUUUUAUGGAUGCUGACACUAUGGUAUUGAAAAAUAUUGAUGAUUUAUUUGAGCGGGAGGAACUCAGUGCUGCUCCGGAUCCAGGUUGGCCAGACUGUUUCAAUUCCGGAGUUUUUGUUUUCAAACCGUCAUUGGAAACAUACAAGAAGAUACUAAGUUUUGCUGUUAGCCAUGGAAGCUUUGAUGGGGGCGAUCAAGGUCUGCUGAAUAUCUUCUUCUCCGACUGGGCAACCAAAGAUAUUCGUCUUCAUUUACCGUUCAUUUACAAUGUCAUCAGCCAAGCAUUCUACUCCUAUCCACCUGCCUUUAUUCAUUUUCGUAAUAAAAUUCGUGUUGUUCAUUUUAUUGGGUCUGAGAAACCUUGGCACUGUGAACUGGACAAAUUCGGACAAGUCAUUGUUCGUGAUCCCACAAGUGUUGGAACUCCUGAAUUUUUGCAGCACUGGUGGAAUUUAUUUGUGACCCACGUUCAUCCAAAACUAACCCCUGGUGAGAGCGAUUUUGUGGGUAAAUUGGCCCAGAUUGAGAUAAGUCAAUCUUCCUCAAGCUUGACUCAAGCCAGUGAUGAAUCUGAAAGACAAUUGGCAUGGGAACGUGGGCAAAUGGAUUAUAUGGGUUCUGAUUCAUUUGAAAAAAUACAAAAUCUUCUGGAAUCAAAAAUCAAAAAAUAG